AGAGACGACAGACGAGGAGAGCACGUAUAAGUUGACAAUGACAAUGUAUAAAGACUAAAAACGCGAUUUCUGAUUUCAGAUUAUUUGCCCACCUCAAUUUUAUUAAUCUUUUUUCUUUGAAUAAAUUUUCAACCUUUUAUAUCUCUCUAACAUUUCCUCCAUUAAUAUACCUUCUUCCUCUUUCUCUCUCCUCCAUUUCCUCUCUUACUCACUCUUCUGCCAAAAAGAUUUCUUCUUUUUUCUGGGUUUUCGUUGAAUUUUAUUGGGGUUUGGGUAAUUUUUUGGAUUAGGGUCAGAAUUAAUUUUAAAUUUAGGGGAAAAAUGAUGAUGACAAUGGAGGGAACAAUGGAUGAAAAUGUAUUAGAUGAUAUAAUUAGGAGAUUAUUAGAAGGAAAAGGAGGAAAACAGGUGCAAUUAUCUGAAGGUGAGAUCCGCCAACUUUGUGUCAACGCUCGUAAUAUCUUUCUAUCUCAGCCAAAUCUUCUUCAACUUCGUGCCCCAAUUAGGAUCUGCGGUGAUAUUCAUGGACAAUAUCAGGAUCUCCUAAGGCUUUUUGAAUAUGGGGGUUAUCCCCCAGCUGCGAAUUACCUCUUCCUUGGAGAUUAUGUAGAUCGCGGCAAGCAAAGCUUAGAGACAAUUUGUUUGCUUUUAGCAUACAAAAUAAGAUAUCGUGAUAAGAUUUACCUUUUACGAGGAAACCAUGAAGAUGCAAAAAUUAAUCGUAUUUAUGGAUUUUAUGAUGAGUGCAAAAGAAGAUUUAAUGUUCGUCUAUGGAAGAUUUUCACAGACUGCUUCAAUUGUUUGCCGGUUGCUGCACUUAUUGACGAAAAGAUUCUUUGCAUGCACGGUGGCCUGUCUCCAGAUCUACAGAAUUUGAAACAAAUAGACGAAAUUCAGAGACCAACAGAGAUACCAGAUAAUGGUCUCCUCUGUGACCUUCUCUGGUCUGAUCCAGAUGCUAGGAAUGAAGGCUGGACAGAUAGUGACAGAGGUGUUUCAUGUACAUUUGGGUCUGAUGUGGUUGCUGAGUUUUUAGAUAAGAAUGAUCUUGAUCUGAUAUGCCGCGGUCAUCAGGUUGUUGAAGAUGGCUAUGAAUUUUUUGCCAAGCGAAGACUAGUGACUAUAUUCUCAGCUCCAAAUUAUGGCGGAGAGUUUGACAAUGCUGGAGCCCUUUUAAGUGUUGAUGAAUCCCUAGUAUGUUCUUUUGAGAUACUGAAGCCACGCGACCAAGGAAGUAGUUCCAACGUUCAACUUAAGAAGGUUCCUAAAGCCGGAGGAAUCUAAUGCAAAAUGUGUAAUUGUAAAUGAAGAUCGCACAGUUGAAACUUUCAAGUAUCCUCCUGAGUUCAGAUCUCUCGUAGUGAUAUGGUCCGUGAGAGAGUGAAAAUCAUCACUGACUAAGUUUGAAAAUUCACAAACUCAUGGCAUGCCUUGCAGUUACUGGAAUGAGAAGUUCAUCUGACAAAACCUGUAAAUCAAACACCAUCCAUCAUUCUUUUAGGCUAUACCCUUCUCUGUUUUCUUGUAUGUGUUGGUGCAUUUUGUAGGCAGAUAAUGAAGUAUUUUAGGUUAUCCUUUGUCCUUUAGACCGUUUUGUGUAUCAAGUUACGUCGCAUGAUUUGUUCUCGAAGUCUGACUAAUUAAGAUUAUAAACAUAGUUUGUGUAUCAAUCGUGUUAGUGUGAAAUAUUGUAUUUCUUCUAAUGAAGAGCAAUAUCAAUUCAAAGGGACUAAGAAAUUGAAGGUUGCA